AUGAUGAGCACCACCACCAGCCGCGUGCAGCCCCUAUUGGAUGACGAGGAGGAGGCGGCGGAGGGCGGCCUGAGGCGCAUCACGGGCACCGACACGAGCGGUGAUAGAGACGAUGAAGCGCUGCCGCCGGUCGGUGGUUCGAUCGGCGUCGUGAGCCACCCCGACGGCUACCAGUACGUGGUCAAGGCGCGGCUCGCGGUCACCGUCCACGCGCUGCUCGACGUCGUCGAGACCUCGAACACCUUCUCGGCGACGGUGGAGCUCGCGCUGGAGUGGGAGGUGUCCGAAGACCAAUGGAUAGGCUGCGAAACCUUCUGGCGCGACCACUUCAUACCGAAGGUGCUGCGCGUCUUUUUUGACAAUGCGAAAGAUAGGGAGAACCUCUUCGCUGCGGACGCGAACGAGGACGAAAGAGUGGGCCGCGACGACGUCGGCGCGCCGCUCGUCGACUCGGACACCGGGAAGCGCGCGCGGCUGUUCCGCUUGCGUCGACGACGGACUGUGGAAUUCCGGCAGCCGCUCGCGCUGCAGCACUAUCCGUUCGACUACCAGGUGCUGGCGAUUCGCUGCGUGGCGGAGGGCGCGGAGCUGUUCGGGAGGUACUUCCAGCUCGAACUCAUGCAUCCAAAGCGGUCGAACUACGGUCCUGGUAGACAUACCAUAAUCGAGGACGCCGACCACGUCGACGAUUUGGACAUAGAGUCUAUUUUCGCCCUUGACGGCCGCGACAUCGCGAAGCCCGGGUCGGAGCGGCCGCGGCCGCAGGAGUACGCCGUCCUGCUUUUCGUGUCGCGUCAAUACAAUUCGACGUUGAUGAACGCGAUUGUGCCGGUUUUCUUUAUGGAGAUGCUGAGUCUCAUCAUCUAUUGGGUCGAGCCCUGUGACGUCGCUGAUCGCGCGGCCAUAACAUUGACGAUCUUUCUUGCGGCGGUAACGUUCAAGACGUACAUGUCGACGCUCUUACCGGCGCUGCCGUACCUCACGAGCGUCGAGCGGUUCCUGUUGGGGGGGAUGGUGCUGCUGCUAGGUCAAGGCUUGUUCAUUGCCAGGGUGGGUUGGUAUUGCGUCAACGGCGAAAAUACUAAGGGUUUCCAUGGACACCCUUGGGAUUGGCGCUUCCGGCACUUUGAAGAGGACGAAGAUGAAGCCUGGCGUCAGUCCGCUGAUGGGACCAAUGCAGCCUACUGGAAGGAGGACGAUGCGAGUUACUGGCUCGGCUCCGACGCGGCGCGGCGCCGGAUGUCGGUACGUUGGGACCAAGUCGCAUUCUACAUGACUCUCUCCAAAGCGCUACUGACGGUUCUAGCCCUCUUCAAUAGAAUUUUCUGGCUCUACUACAAGCUCUACCGGAUAGACUACGAGAAGGCAGUGGCGGAGAGCCUGGGAGACGAGAGAGCUCUAAACAAGCAAUCGUUUUUGUCGUACGUCGCGCGGCGCGCGCGCUGUUGCUACUCGCCGGCGGCGGCGGUGCGGCGGCGCGGGGCUGCCCACGCUGAAAAAACGCCCAGGCUCGAGGAGCGCCGGAGGCGGGCCGUCGCGUUCUUCCGGGACCUAGCGUCGCAGAGCCUCGAAGGUUACACGAACCCAGAGGUGAGUCACAGGCCGCGCGUUCCCAAGACAAAAAAAGCCAAGCCCGAGAUGGAGGCGACGCUCGACGAGGACCGGUGCAUUAUUUUUGACGUGGGUACUGGCGAGGCGAAAGCCAUAGCCUACGAGUUUGUGCCGGAAACAACCGCGGUCAAGGUAAAAGAUCUGGCGAAGUUCAAGGACGGUAAGGUCGCCGUGAAGGAUUUGUGUCACGACCGGGACACUUCAUCCUUCGUGGAUUUUGUCGGGGAGACGCUGACGCCGCGCCUCGUCGUGAGCGGCUCGACCAAACCGGACGGGUCCCCAGAAAAUCUCUGGAAGCUCCAGGGGUUCAGCGCCGUCAAGCACGAACGCGCCGAGGGCCUCUACACGGUGGAGUCGUGGGAUAGUGAUGAUGCAAAGGCGUGUGAUAGAGGCAAGGGUACUGCAGUCGUAUUUGUAAACAGGGAGCCGUAUAGUCCGGACCUCGCAAGGGAAAGGCUCGAGCGUGCUGCGGAGCUGAAGAAUAAGGCAGUACCUGCAAAGGACAUCAAGGUGGGAGACCGCGUCAGGGCGAAGGCGGCGAUUCGCUACGCACGAGAUGCUGAUGGUUCCGCAGUCCCUGUCGGUGAUGUAUCCGCACCGGAAGCUAUCGUUCUGCCUGGCGCUAAGGGCACUGCUAUGAGCGUUGCGGGGAGCGCGGACGCCAAGUUUGUGCGAGUGCGCUGGGACGACCACGAGGACCUCGGCGCUGCUCUCGUAAAGGCGGACGACGCCAUCGUGGAAAUCGUGCCCGAGGUCGUCUUUCGGUUCUGGGCGCAUGCUUCCAUCGAGCGCAGCGGUGAUGCGAAACCGCGAUGGCGACGGUCACCGUUAGUAGUGGGCACGGGAUCAUGGUAUCGAACUUCGAAAGGCGGCGACCGAGCGGUGGCACAUAACCUUUUUGGCGAAUUACGGAAAAAGUAUGAUGCCGCGGUAGUAAUUCUAUCUGCCAUUGACGAGGCUUCGUACGAGGAGACGGCCACGCUAUAUGCGCACAAGCUUAUGAAGUGGGAACCGCCUGAUGCUGUUAUUUCUGGCGGUUCCGGGUCUACCCAGGCCUCAUGCAUCUCGCCGGCGGACAUCGGCGACCUUGUCGAGUACAAAGGCAGCGAGGCGCAGGUGGUGGGCCGCUGGCGAUGCGAGGACGGGCACGUCUACGAGGAUGGAAGACAGAACCGCUGGUGGCCUCGGAAGCGGUCCGGCAACGAGAAAGAGUACUGUCACGGCUACGCCUACGACAUCCAAUUCGAGGGCAAGCGCCACCGCGUCGACGAAGUCGAGCGCGUACUGCAGAGAUGGGGGAAGGGGACAAAGCGGCAGUCGACGCCGCAUCUUAUUCAAUGUGGCAACCGCGAGGGCAAGGACUUGAUUCUUGCGGCGACGACCGUCGAAGAGGGCUGCGAGGCAUGGGAGAAGGUGAUCAAAAUGAGGUUCCACGAAGCUGGCUUCAACCGCGACUCGUACAUUAAGAGCUGUACACUGAUGGGCGCGUGCUUUUACGCCGCAGAAUAUGCCGAGGUGCCCCUGAAAGGCACUACAGUUAAAAUUGCAAAGGAUAAAUUCGAGGCCCACAUUCGUACACUCAAGAACGCAGCAAAGAAAGUCGAGCGCGAUGAGAAAACGGCGACGACGAAAGACACGCUCGCUAAAGUCAAAGCACCUCCGUACGAGCUCGGGGGCAGGAACGCGGCUCAAACACUCUCGAACCUCAUGGUCCAAGCUCGUAUCUGCGAGAUGCUCGGCGACGGCGUCUCAGUGCGCUACGUCCGCGAUUGGAAGCUUCCUGGCGCCGACGGAGUCGUGGAAUUCCGCACGACGUGGAGCGCGGGCUAUUACCUCCAGGACCUCGUCCGCCGGCGCCCAUACCUCCUCGCGGCAGAAGAUACGGGGUUCCAGGACCUUAUUUAA